AUGCAGAGGAUUAGGGGGACGGUGGUCCGUGUGUCCAUGGCCGGCUACGGCGUCAUCAAGUCUCCCGAGUGGGGCGAGGUGAUGUGGCGCCAGUACGAGCUGCCCACGAACUUGCGGACCCUGCAGUUCGCGGACAAGGCCAGGUUUAGCAGGGAGGUGGAGGGGCGUGACGAGUACAGGCGACUCAAGGAGAUGGAGGGCAAGGAGGUCGAGGCGGAGCUCUACAAGCUGCCCGACGGGCAGCUGCGCGCCUCCCACGUCCGCGUCCAGAUGGGCGCGCUGCCCGCCCCCGGCCCGCCCCCGAGCAUGGGCCUCCCGCCGCCGCCCUUCCCCUCGGGCGGCGACUUCGGGGGCGGCGACGGCGCGCCCUCCUGGGGCGGCGGCGAGCCCUCGGGCCGGCCGCCGCCGCUGCCGCCGCCCCCCGCGCCGCAGAUGGGCGGGCCCCCCGGCAUGCCGCCGAUGAUGAUGGGCGGGCCCGGCGGGCCGCCCGGGAUGCCCGGCAUGCCCGGCAUGCCGCCGGGCAUGCCGCCGUUCGGCAUGCCGCCCGGCAUGGACCCACAGCAGUACCAGGCGAUGAUGCAGGCCAUGAUGGGCGGUAGGAAGGAGAAGAAAGACAAGAAGGAUAAGAAAGAUAAAAAGGACAAGAAAAAGAAGAGGGACCGCUCGUCGGACGAUGGCGACGACGACCAGAGGCACGGGGAGCCAAAGAAGCGACGCAUCGACGAUGAGGACUUCUGA